CGUCCUAUAAAUUCCAUCCUCAAAAUAAAGCUCCACUUUUUAUUUUUAAUUUUUUCCAGUCUCAGUAACGAGAAAAGAAAUCGAAGGUCUGAAAUGUGCCCGUAGUGAGAGAGAGAGUGUCUUAGAGCUCAAAAGACUUUGCAUUUAAGCCUUCAAAUCAACAGACUAGGGCUUCUAAUUCUCUUGCACCUGGAUUUUUCUUCUCCUUUUUGGAUUUUACUGACUCAUGGAUUAAAUGUGGACUUCUCCCAACUAACAUCUUAAUUAUCUCCUAAAUACAACAUUCUGUUAUCAAAGUUCAACUGGAUUUUAGAGUGAAGGAAAAAUUUAACUUUCUGCUGUAGAAUUUACUAUGGGUGAGGAAGAAACAACAACUGAAGCUCCAAAGGUAGCUGAAAAUGGGACUAGUGCACCAGAGAUAUCUGGUAAAGUUGUGACAGAGAAAACAGAAGAGGAAAGUAAUAAAGUGAAAGAAAUAGAUGAAGAUAAAAAUGAUAAUGAGAAAUCUGUGACUGAGAAAAUGGAUGAAGACCCCAAGGUGAAUCAGGAAAAAGAAAGCAAUGGAGAUACAGAAAGAGAAGAGGUAGAAGAAGAGAAAGAGGUACGAAAAGAAAAGGAUGAACACAAAACUGAAGCCAUGGAAGACGAAAAGGCAGAACAUAAAGCUGAAGCCAUGGAAGAAGAAAAGACAGAACACAAAGCUGAAGCCAAGGAAGAAGAAAAGGCAGAACACAAAGCUGAAGCCAUGAAAGAAGAAAAGGCAGAACACGAAGGUGAAGCCAUGGAAGAAGAAUUGGAGCCAAAAGGAGAUGAAGAAGUAGAAGAAAAGGAGGAAACCAAGGAAGAGGUAGAAGAUAAGGUCAAUGGGUCCAAGGAUAAAGGAGAGGAGGAAACCAAGGAAGAGGUAGAGGAUAAGGUCAAUGGGUCCAAGGAUAAAGAAGAGGAGGCGGAAACCAAGGAAGAGGUAGAGGAUAAGGUCAAUGGGUCCAAGGAUAAAGAAGAGGAGGCGGAAACCAAGGAAGAGGUAGAGGAUAAGGUCAAUGGGUCCAAGGAUAAAGAAGAGGAGGCGGAAACCAAGGAAGAGGUAGAGGAUAAGGUCAAUGGGUCCAAGGAUAAAGAAGAGGAGGCGGAAACCAAGGAAGAGGUAGAGGAUAAGGUCAAAGGGUCCAAGGAUAAAGAAGAGAAGGUGGAAGAGAAUGAGAAGGGGUCAAAGAAACGUGCAAAAGGGAAGAAUGCUGGAGAGAAAGUUCAAAAGAAGAAGAAGUUAGGGGAAGAAAAGAAACAGUUAGAGCCAAGGACUCCUGUCACUGACAGGCCACAACGUGAGCGAAAAUCUGUUGAAAGGUUGGUGGCAUCUAUUGAAAAAGAUGCUGUCAAAGAAUUCCAUAUUGAAAAGGGCCGUGGUACCCCUUUGAAAGAUAUACCUAAUGUGGCAUUCAAGUUGUCCAGAAGGAAGACUGAUGAUACCUUUAAACUGCUCCAUACGAUUCUCUUUGGGAGGAGAGGAAAGGCGAUUCAAAUCAAGAGUAAUAUAUCCCGUUUUUCUGGUUUUGUAUGGCAUGAAAAUGUGGAAAAGCAAAAGAUUAAAGUGAAAGAAAAAUUUGACAAGUGUAAUAAAGAAAAGUUGCUGGAAUUUUGUGACGUGCUUGACAUAUCAGUUGCAAAGGCAACUACAAAGAAGGAGGACAUUGUUGCCAAGUUGAUAGAAUUUUUGUUGGCCCCUCAUGCUACAACAACUGUGCUACUUGCAGAAAAAGAGAAGGCAAGCAAGAGCAAAAAGCGCAAGAGGAUGACCAAAAGCUCAGCCUCUGGGAGUUCAUCUUCAACACGUUCAGCAAAGAGUCAAAAAAAGUCCGAGUAUUUUUCAAAAUCUGGUAAGAAGGGUACACCUGAUUCAGAAGAAGAAUCAGAUGAAGAAAAAGGAGAGGAGGAGGAGGAGGAGGAGGAGGAGGAAGAUGUGGAAGAAGAAGAAAAUGUAGAAGAAAAUGAAAAUGGUCUUCCUGAAAAAUCUGAUGCUGAGAUGCCUGACCAUUCUGAUAAUGAUGAAAAUGAAUCUGAAGAGGAAUCUGAAGAAGAUGUUGGUAAACGCAAAAGAAGCUCAAAAACAUCAUCUAGAAAGAAGGAAUCUGCUGAAAAAGCUAAACCCAGGAAAAUCACAAUUUCCACUAAAUCUGGUCCGCCAAAAGGAUCAACUAAAAAAUCUUCAUUGAAACACUCUGAAGCUGAUGAAGACAGUGAUGCAAGUCCAAAAGUUUUCUCAAGGAAGAAGAAAAGUGAAAAGGCAGCAAAGGAGAAGUCCUCUACUCCUGCAAAAUCUCCUUCCAAGGAGAAAACAGGUAAAAAGAAGGCUGCAAAAGGGAAGGAAAAGGCUACAGGUACAGCCAAGGAGGAUAAAUUGAAGCCAACUGAUAAUGAACUUAGAGAUGCCAUAUGCGAAAUUCUUAAGGAGGUGGAUUUCAAUACGGCUACAUUCACUGACAUUUUGAAGCAACUUGCUCGUCAAUUUGACACUGAUCUUACUGAAAGAAAGUCAUCCAUAAAAAUCAUGAUCCAAGAAGAGCUCACCAAACUAGCGGAUGAGGCUGAUGAUGAAGAUGGAGAGGGUGAUGCUGAGAAAGAUGAGAAUCAAUCUGCUGGUCAAGAGGUUGAGGCCUGAUGCUUGUAUCAUGACUGCCUGAAGAUAGUGUAGCUAUUUAUGCUGCCUUCUAUCGCUGUAAUUUGCACCUAGUAAUACGCACAUAAUACUUUUUAGUCUGUCAGUAAAGAAAGUUAUGUAAUUUAUUAUUAGUUUUUUAAUUACUGGCAGAGCAGAACUCUUAUUUUUCUAGGAAAUGUAGAGUUGGAAUUGAAGCUGUAUUGCAGGAUAGCAGCACAUGUGUACACAUUAACAUAAAAUGUAGGAAUUUUUUGCCCUUAUCCAUUAUUUAACUGACCCUUUAAAAUCUCCCUGAA